CAGCUUAAGAAUUAUGUAUUUAAAUAUUUUAUUUUUUUGUAGACUACAAUGUUAUGCUAGCUGUUUCUCCGUGUUCUCUGUUUAUGCCAAGCUAACAGUUAGCUCUAAGCUAGCUUUAUAUUUAACGUUACUGCACAGAUAUACCUUGUCAUUCUCAUUUAACUCUCUGAAACAAAGUGAAUACCGUAUUUCCUAAAAUGUUGCAAUAUUACUUUAAGCCUGACAUGCCCUCGGGGGUUGUUUACCUGCGGAGAGAGGGGUGGUGCAAGCAUUUUUGUGGAGAGAAGAAAUUGCAAAAUGUAAGUGUGUGUGAGAGAGAGAGAGGGAGAGAGAGGAAGAUGGCUCAUGCCUACAUAAUCACACACUCCCUUCACUUUGGUGGCAACCCGCCCCACCACCACCACCACCUCUCUCACAUCCAGUCCCUCCCUCCUCCUCCUGUCUGAGCAUUUCUCCCAGAGGAUCUGCAGAAUAAUGGAGGCACAUCAUGCAGCAGGUCUCAGUGUUUUCAGCAGAGCUUUCAGACUGGAGCUCAUUUAGCCCGGGCAUCUGUAAUUUACUGUAAAGUUUCCUCUUUUUUUAAAAUUCACAGCACAAGGACUUCUUUCAUAUAUUUUUCUGCGUCAUGGCUUUUUACGUCGUUUGACUUUUUCCGUGUUUUGAUGUUUAUAUGAGGGGGAUUAACAGGCCCACCAUGGUUUUUCCAACAUAAAUCAACAGUUUCUUCCUACGAUUUAGCGCAGGCUGCUUUCUGUUUACCUAUAACGGGGAAUGGGAGGACCUCAUUGGGUUUUUUUAAAAGCUGUAACUAGAUUUUUUGGAAGCGGGCAUGGGCCAGGUUUUUGCUCCACAGAUGGGUGUUUCGGAGGUGAAAGCACGGGCACUGUGCUGCUCCAGAUGAAGUGAGCCGCUCAGGUUUUUGUUUGGAGGAUCUGCGACAUGGGCUGAGCUAUGAUGACUCUUUUCUCUUGACAGCUGUUGCAUUAUCCCGAGGAUGGACGACGGAAAACGGAGACGGAUAAAACUCCAACUUAUCGGUUAGACUGUAAUUAAAUACCUUUAAACGCGGAAAGCGCGCACGCACCGGCACGGGACAACACUGGAGCUUUUGAGCGCACCACAUUGGAAUUCAAGCGUCAGCCAAAUUUCCAAUCACUAAUGUGAGGUUUUUAUAGUGGAGUUUGGUUGUGGUGUGAUAUCAUUUUUGCGUGUAGAUGCAAUUGUUCCUGUACGGAUCUUUUAAACUGUUGCUUUUAACUUAAAUCUAGUCUCUAAACAGUAAAUGACAAUGCGUCUUUAUGCGUCCAGUGUUAAAAUAUGCAGGCGCACGUUUGAACAAUGUUUUAAAAUUAUCUUAGCAGAAUACAUGUUAAGUCAGCAGAUGUGGUUUUCCUUUUCCACAGAAAGUGGUCUGACCAAAAUAGCCUGUUAGAACUAAAUAUUGGAUUUUUUUCUUUAUUAUAUUCCCGUAGUGUUGGAUGUAGUGGUUUAACCCUCAGUUUACGCACGUAUUUUUUAUUCUGGGGUUUUGAGACGUUAGUGACACUCUCCCACAGUGACCCUCACAGUUUCAGCUGGAUUUCCUUCACCGCCGUUCAGAGAGUAGGCUAUCUCUGUCCCUCCGUCUCCUCACCGGACAAUGUGGCUCCCCCGCCUCGCGCUGCUGCUGCUCCGGUUCUCCGGUGUGUUGCUGGUGGAGGGGUUCAACACGUGCCACUCCAUCAACCUUGACGCGCAGAAGUCCCGGCGCAUCGAGGCAGUCCGCGGACAGAUCCUCAGCAAGCUUCGCAUCCGCAGCCCGCCGGAGAAGGACGAGGCCCCGCCGCCUGGCACGGUGCCCCCGGAGGUCAUGCUGCUCUACAACAGCACGCGGGAGCUGCUGAAGGAGCGCGCGCGUCUGGCGGAGUCGGCGUGCGAGCGCGAGAGCAGCGAGGAGGACUAUUAUGCCAAAGAGGUGCAGAGGAUUGACAUGCUGCCCCCACGCACCGACACAAAUGCGGUACAGCCAGCAGCCCCCAACCCCCAUUACAGAGUGGUCCACUUCGACGUCAGUGGGGUGGACCUGACUAACAGCACCCUGGUCAAAGCUGAGUUUAGGAUCUUCAGAGCUCCCAACCCGCAGGCCCGGGCCUCAGAGCAGAGAGUGGAGAUAUAUCAGCUGCUGAAGCCAGAUGAAGAAAGCACCUCCACUCAACGUUAUAUUGACUCCCGCACGGUGCAGCCGAAGGCAAAGGGAGCCUGGAUCUCUGUGGAGGUUACAGAAACCAUAAAGGACUGGGUGUCAGAUCCAGAGAAUAAUCUUGGCCUGAAGCUGGGUGUCCACUGUCCCUGCUGCACCUUCGUUCCAUCCACCAAUAACAUUGUUCCCAACAAGAGUGAGGAGCUGGAGGCUCUCUUUGCAGGUUUGGAUGAUGAGCAGCUUCGUCAGAUAAGAAAGCCCGGUCAGGUUAAAGGCCAGGCAGAUUUCACCACCAAGACGCCACACCUCAUCCUCACCGUGCUGCCCAGUGACAGAGUGGACAACCCGGCCAAGAAGAACCGCAAAAAGAGGGCGGCCGCCACAGACACCACAACCUGCUCCCGCGGCUCGGACCAGGGCUGCUGCCUGCGCUCGCUCUACAUCGACUUCAGGAGGGACCUCAACUGGAAGUGGAUCCACGAACCCAAAGGUUACAAAGCCAACUUCUGUGCCGGCAGCUGUCCUUACCUCUGGAGUGCCAACAACCACUAUAACAUGAUCCUGCCCCUCUACAACAAGCUGAACCCUGAGGCCUCCGCCUCACCCUGCUGCGUUCCUCAGGACCUGGAGCCCCUCACCAUUAUGUACUUCAUAGGCCGCACACCACGUGUCGAGCAACUCUCCAAUAUGGUCGUCAAAUCCUGCAAGUGCCGCUGAGUUCAGAGGAAGAGGUGAGGGAGGAGAGUGAUUACGGGACCAAAACUACAAACUGUUUGUGCUGGGGGGGAAGACGAGAGGACAGACAGAUCCUUUGUUCAUUAAUCUUCGCUGUUUGAUCACCUUUAGCAGACUUUUCAGAUGUUAUAUUUUUACUCAAAUAUCCCAUUCUUUACAGGCAUGAAAACUUCUUCGAUCUCUGGAACUUUCCGUUUGUACAUAUGACAAUAUAGCUGUAUUAAACCUAUACCUGGAUAUUAAAGGGGGUGUUGUGUGAUUUGGCCACAUUUGGUCAGCAUGAAAAGGAUUCUUUUUAUCUGGAUUUUGAUUCCACCUCGGUCGUAUAUUCCUGCGGCCGCGGGCAGCGGAGCGAGCUAGACGUGUUUGCUUUAGGUUUGAAGGUGUUGAUAGGAAGGAGGCGGCGUGGAAAGGUUUGCAGACUGAGAUCUUUAGGCGAGGGAGGCAGAUAGAAAAGAGAGAGAGAGGAGCUGUGUCCAGGCGGAGGCCCUGCCAGCUCUCUGCGGUUCCCGGGCUGAAAUCUGCCCGGCGUAAACAGGAUGUGAAAGAUUUCCAGACACCGACCCGACCACUCACGGAACGCUAGAUUUAAAUGCUCCCCUCAUCUCCUCUGUCUCUCUCCCUCUCUCUCUGCUGCUCGAGGUUCUGGGAUUUGUGGUGGGAGGAGAGAGGGAGAAAAGAGAGGCUUUGAAAAUGAGACGUGGGAUGAUAGGGCUGUAUUUGGAACGGCUACAAGUUUGGAAGGUGGUAUUUUGCAGCCUUAGCAAAUUUGUACCUAUUUGGGUCUGACUCAAAUAUUCCGUAAUCUCACACUCUCAUGCUCAUUUUCUGAAUGUGCAUUUAUUAUCUUAUUCUAAAGAAGCUGUUGACUCAUCACUAUUCCUAUGCUAUUAUUAUAUCAUACCUAUGUUUUACCACCAGCCUCACUGAUACACACACACACAUACACACAUACACACACACACACAUACACACAGUCUCUCUCUUCACCCAAGUAUCCACAUUGACCACUUUUGAUAGAAUGUCUAAAUGCUGAAAAUAAAAAACAUCCCCAGGGCUCAUUUUAAAUAUAGGCUCUCUGGUAUGCCAGUGGUUUGUCUGUGUGUGCGCAUGUGUGUGUGUGUGUAAGUGUGUGAGAGACAGAGAGUGACUGGGUGUGUUGUGUGUAUGGACAGUAUGUCUGUGGCUGGUGAGGUCAUGCCUGAUAGCACAGAAAUUAUUUCCUGGCAUAUAUUGUGAAUUUUAUCAUGAUUGUGACGGGCGUUGUUGCCUCGAUGACCCUGCAGAAAGUGAGAUGUGGAUUUAUGAAUUUGUGUGUGUGAGUGUGAGUGUGAGUGUGAGUGUGUGUGUGUGUGUGUGUGCGUGUGUGUGUUUUGAAAACUUGGUCGACAAUAAAGUCUCAGUAGCAGUCCAGUCUGACAAAUACAAGGCCGUCACAACAACAUUCGGUCCUGGAUGGUACUAACAGAGCCAGCGGUUUGCUGAGGUUACAGCUUGUUUCUGAUUGGCUGGCAAAGUGUUUUUAAAAUAACAUUGUAUAAGGUUGUGAAGUGGGAGGGACCGCUGGUUUCAUACUUUUUUUUCUCCUCCAUUCUGUAUUCUCAUUUCAUUUUUUUUCUUUCAACAAUAUCCUGAAUGUUUCCUAACAUAGAAAUGCAGGACUCUCCCAGAUUAUGUAACCGUCAUAUAGGCUGCGGUGGAAUUUAGCUGACUACUCAAGUGCUGUACUUAAGUACAUUUUGACAUACUUUACUUGCGUAUUUCCAUUUCAUGGUACUUUAUACUUCUAUUCCUCCAUGUUAGAGGCAAAUAUUCUACUUUUUCAUCACUAUAUUUAUUUUAAAGCUUCAGUUACUAGUUACUUUGCAAAUUUAGAUUACUGAUACAGAAUAAAUAAACUAUGUUAUUACAUACUAAUAAAGGUUAAGCCACUGAGCAGUGUAUAUAGAGACAAAUUAGCCCCACCUUUACCAGCUGCAACACUAAAGUGAUGAACACAUGAAAACAUCAAUAUUUACUACUCAGUAAUACUCAAAAAUGGGCCAUGCUUGCCUGAUAUCAGACAGAAUUAUCAGCUUGUUUCAAGCUCCAAUCAAUUUCUGUGCGGGAGGGGGAUUCACUUUCUCUAACCCAGUCACUAGAGACUGACAUUUCUACCUGAAUCAUAAUCAAUAUUGAUGUGUAGCCAUGGCAGCAUACUGGUUUUGGCGGGGUUUUAAAAGUGGAGCAGAGUGAAAUAAAAGUUGGGUGAUAAUAAAAAGACAUGUCGUCUAUAGCAGCGUCUGUCUUAUCUACAUCGGUCUCCAUCGGUCUCCAUUGUUGUUAUUGCUCCUCGUUUAUUCUGGCAAACAGCUUGACAACGCUUGAUAACUGUUUGAGUCCUGCUUGUGGCAUUGAUUGGCUAAGCGUUAGUCUCUCCAUGACGAUCAUUGGAUCGAUUGCUUUUUCAAUCAAGAAACCAUUGUUUUAUGUCAUGAUGUCAGAUGAAUCAGACAACCCAAAAAAAGAGAGACGACUGGUUGCUUUGUAUAUAUAAAUGUGGAUCAAAAUCUUGUGUCAGGAACAACAGAAUUGACAGGACGGCAAUCCAGGCACUCCGAAAAAAUACAGAAAAUCGAGGAGGGAAAUCUUAAAAAGCCUUUUUUGUAGUAGCUAAAUCAUUAAAAGAGCCAUCAGGUUUCAACCACUGUAGGUCUUCAUCAGGGCUUUCAAAACAUACAACGCAGGUAUGGCCACACCUAUAUAGUGGCAGGAACCAAUCAGAGGCCAUCACAUGACCCAUAUAAUGGCAUGGCAGGGGAAACAAAUAAACAAUAAUGACAAAAAGAACAAGUUAAUAAAAAACAUAGUGACAUGACAAGAUAGCCAGAAAAAAAACAAUUUAAAUAUAUAGACACCUAUCUUAACAUAGGCUCUGAGAAAAAUGGUGAAGCUUGUAGAGAAUAAUGACAAAUCACAAAAAACUGUGAAGUCUAUAUCCUCAUUGAGACCAGGAUACUUUAAAGCAUCCAGUAGAUGGAUCCAAAAAGCUUCCCUUUGAUUAAGUUUGUAUUCUGUCACUGUCAAUCAAUCCUGAAUCAGACAACCUGGUGGAGUGGGCGGUUUCAAUGGCGCAAGGGUUAUUUUCAUAGUGGGUACUUUCACUUUUGGUACUUAAAGUUUGAUUGAUGUUAAUACUUUUGUACUUUUGCUUUUAGAGUAUUUUUUGCACUGUAGUAUUGAUACUUUUACUCAGGUAAAAGAUCCAAAUACUUCGUCCUCCCACCUCAUGUUUUAUCCCUUUUUUUGUCUUAGUCGACAGCUUUUAAUACUACAACUGCAUCUGUUGCCACGGAGAAUCCCUAUCAUUACAGCUGAUAUUUUUAAGUGCCAUUAUGCAGUGCUGUUUGCACCACAAUUUAGUUUACCACACUAUAUUGGGUUUAGGGCUGAAAUCACAUAGAUGGAUAUGUAAAAACUGUCUAAGUUAAACCCAAACUACCUUCAUGCAUAGAUCCUCCUACAGGUGUAUUAUAUUUGUUAUUUCUUUUUUUAAAUUUUUAUUUUGGUAAACUGAUAGAAAAAUACAAAAACAGGUCUGCACACCAGGAAGUGCUCCUUUUGAAAAUUUAAAUCACAUCACCACAUGUGACAUUUCGGGCACCAGCCCUUCAUCGGACACUGGUGCGGACCUGUUUUUGUAUUUUUGUAUUUGUUCCUCUGUCCAGCAACCAGUAUUUAUCGUUUUUGGAUGUGCGUGAUGUUUUUUAAAUCAUUUUGGUGAAAUGAUCCUUUAAUGUCCUGCAACUGAUGUGUCUGUCUUCACUGAAGAGCGUUUUGUCUGGAUGACUCCUGCUGUUAAAAAAGCUUAAAGAGAUACAAACUGUUCUCCAGCCAUCGCAGUAAAAUUGUUUUUUCUAAGCCACAGUGAGAAUGCAGCCUCACUCUGUGUGUGUGUGUGUGUGUGUGUAUGUAUCUAUGUGUGUGUGUCAGGGUGCUAGUGCUCAAGCUGUGGUGAGGCUCCCUCCCCCCAGAGUAAACUAGCCCCAGCAUCUGUUAGUCUUUUCCACUUAACUACCCCUUGCUAUAUCCAACCUGUACUUAUCCCACGGUAGAGCGCCUUGCUCUGUCUCACACUGGGUCCCACUGUCCUUGGGAGGGAAGUCUCUCGACCCCCGCUCACACACACGCACACAGACAGACAUAACAUAAACUAUGUCCGUGCCUUUGACCUUGUGAGGGAGUGUGCAGACAGACCCAUACGUCCAUACAUCCGGCCUGUAUAGCCUUCAUAUAGCCAAAUCCGUCAUGAUCCUUGGCCCUGGUUCGUCUCACACUGACCAAAAAAUCUAAGAGAGCCCUUGAUAAGAUUUUCUAAGGAUGACCGAAAGCACUUCUCUCUUUCUCACAUGCACCUUGUGGUCCGGGUCAAAUAUAGCUCACAUUACAGGUUUGGACGAGACUUUAUUCGUCACACAACUACAUUGAAAUUGGUUCCUAUUUAUUUCUGGCAGUUAAAUUAAAAUACAGCUCUCGGGGCAACAGGACACCAUAAACAGAAAAUAAAAAGUUAUACAAGCAGCAGAGCAGUAAUGAGACACAGGAGUAAACAGAAGAUACCGAUCUGUGGCCUCAGCAUUAUUGAAGCCAUAUUCUUUGAGCAGUCAAACUUGGAGACCAGAGCUGUAUUUGAGGCCCUGCUGGGACAAAACAGCUGGUAGGCCAAACCCACAGAGGCCCAGCUGUUCCCUGUAUAAACACAGGAGGGCGACAUUUCUGUUAUUUCUCUCUGGAUUCAAAGUAAAAUGUGACAUUAGAUAGUUUUUAUUGAUUGUUAAAUCUAUCUAUACUGAGCUGAGCUUAUUGCAAAGGUGACU